UCAAAAUCUGAAGUUUCUCUCUCUAACCCUAAAAUCUCAAAAUCGUUCAGAUUUCAAUUGCUGGAAUCAUUCAAACCCUAAACCUCGAUUGAAUCGUUGGAAUCGCUCAAAUUUCAAAAUUGAUUUGAAUCGCUUAAGCAUCAAUGUUCAAUCGUUUGAAUCGUUCAAACCCUAAACCUCGAUUGAAUCGUUGGAAUCACUCAAAUCUCAAAAUCGGUUUGAAUCGCUUAAGCAUCAAUGUUCAAUCGUUUGAAUCGUUCAAACCCUAAACCUCAUUUGAAUCGUUAGAAUCGCCCAAAUCUCAAAAUCGGUUUGAAUCGCUUCAGCAUCAAUGUUCAAUCGUUUGAAUCGUUCAAACCCUAAACCUCAUUUGAAUCGUUGGAAUCGGUCGAAUCUCAAAAUCAAUUUGAAUUGCUUCAGCAUCAAUGUUCAAUUUCAGAUUCGAACUCACUACACAAUAUCUCUUCACAUGUACAUUGAUAUCAAAUUUCAAAUUGUUAAUAGUUGCAGAAGAUUUAGACACUGCACCAUUCUGUAUCUCAUUUCAGGGUUUCACUUUCAACAAUAAUAGAGUGGAAGAAUGGAGGAGAAGACUAAGAUGGAAGUCCCAAGAGUCAAACACGGUGUCUUUGUUAGGAUUUGGAUGUGAAGGUUUAUCUGGAUGUAUGUUCAACGAGGUUAAUGACCAAGGGCAUAUUGUCAUCAUCCUCAAGGUUUGUAUGCUACAAACAAGGCUGGCUGCUAUUGAAUGCAUGACUCAUGAUGUCAUUCGGGACCUUCUUGGUGUAAAAUUGGACAUUACCAACUAUGCAAAUUUGAUAGACCAAAACCAAAUUGUGAAAUUAGUGGAGGAAGCCCAUCAAUAAAGAGAAGAUUUCUCUGCAUAGGAAAAAGAGAAUCUAAACCUUAGACAAUAUAUUAAUGGUCUCAUUGAAACAAGAGAGCUGCAUAUCGGACCCGAAAUCUAAAGAGGGAGAUAUGCUCGCCUCUCAAACAGCAGUGCAACAACUCCGAGAGCGAGAUCAGAUACUUUCUACACAGAAUGAAAUGUUUAAGGUAGGAUUGUGAUCCGUUUUAGUAGUAAAUCAUUAGUGGACGAAGUCGUGACAAGGUAUUUUGAAGUUGUUCAAUCUGAUUUAGUACUGAUUUAGAAUGUUUUGUUUAUCAAAAUUAUCAAGUGUAGAAGGUUUGGCUACUGCAUUUUAAGGUUUUUGAUUUAGUUAAACUAAUAGAACUGUACUAUACCGGUAGUCAUGAGAUGGACAUUAUUGGCCCUGUUAGUGACACUCUGUCCAUAAGCCUUUCAAAGUGUGUUAAGUCUACUGACCAUGAGGUAAUUGUUGAAAACAUAUGAGGAUUGUUAAGAAUCUGUAUAAGAUACAUGUCGGAUAACAAUACCUUUCCAUUAAUUAGGAUGUAAUCUUUCAUAGGCUAAAUGUCAUUGAACUCACAACCUGACAUAGUGUUUGUAUUUGAAUGUUAUACGGAAAGAAGAUAACUCUUUCAGGCGGCAAGAGAAUUCCUUCCUAUAAUCGAUGAGGUUUUUAAAACCCUCAUUGAUCAAAUCUCGUGCGUUCUUUGUUUCCAUUCUUGUAUUAUGAAAUACCAUGACUUUAUGAUCAUAUUCUUCAUGGGAUUUAUCCUUGUUUUUUAGGUAGAUCAAAAGAAGAAAGGAGGUUCCAAAAUCACUGGAGAAGUCAAGACUAGAUCAUCAGAAAGAGAAUGUCAUGUUAUUUCUUCUUUAGAUGUUGAUUAAUCAAAUGGAAUGAAAAGUAUGAAUUGUGUUUUUUUUUAGAAAGAUUCAAUUUGAAUUUUCUUAUAAACUAUUAAUACUAUGCACAUAUUGGAUGUUGGAUUUAUGAUAAUUAAAAAAUUAUGGAUAUAAA